GGGCUGCCCCCAGGAUCGGUUAGCGUACGUAGCGCUACGGAUGUGUGAUGCAACCAGAUGUCAGGAUUUUUCUCAACUUCUCGCAACAAGUUUUGUUUUUUAGUUAGAAAAUCACAUUUAGAACCAAACUUUGGACACCGCUGCUGUAUCUGUCGUUCGUUGCUUUGUCAGACGGUAAAACUGUCUGUUUUCUUCGUCGCUUGCUAACGAUAGCAACUACUUAACGACACUAGAUGGGAGCUCACGUUAGCUAGCAGUCGGUCGAGUUGUUUAUAUUAAGCUCAGUCUCUCGUCUUCUCCUCUUUGCUAGCUACAAACCGUCAUCUACUGGGUCCCCCUAUGUACUUAUUUUGAAACACUGUGUGCCAGCAGAGUAAUUCCACCUGUACCCUCUUGCUGAGCGGAUUUAUCUGUAAAUGGCCACCGCUGCCCCCCCUCCAGCUCCUGGCUCUACUGCGGCCACUGAAAACCCAAGUCCCGGAUCCAGCAGCUCGACAGCGGCCGACAGUGGCAACCAGGACAGCACUUUCGAGUGUAAUAUAUGCCUUGACACCGCCAAGGAUGCAGUGAUCAGCCUGUGUGGACACCUUUUCUGUUGGCCUUGCUUGCAUCAGUGGUUGGAGACCAGACCCAACAGACAAGUGUGUCCAGUGUGUAAAGCGGGCAUCAGCCGAGACAAAGUAAUCCCCUUAUAUGGACGGGGAAGCACUGGUCAACAAGACCCCAGAGAAAGAACACCCCCUCGACCACAAGGGCAGAGGCCUGAGCCAGAAAACCGUGGUGGCUUUCAAGGGUUUGGCUUUGGAGAUGGAGGUUUCCAAAUGUCAUUUGGAAUCGGUGCCUUUCCAUUUGGUAUUUUUGCUACAGCAUUUAACAUCAAUGAUGGCAGACCUCCUCCAGCAGCCCCUGGGACACCACAGCACAUGGAUGAACAGUUUCUGUCUCGACUCUUCCUGUUUGUCGCUCUGGUGAUUAUGUUUUGGCUGCUGAUUGCAUAAAUGCAUGGAAAGACAACAUCUUGGGCUAACUCAAAAGAUCUGACAGAGAUGCGACAUUGUGGCACAUCAUGAGAGUUUGCACCAGUGUGAUUCUGCCGCCUUUCUGGUUACUUUUGUCUCCUUGACACAAAGCGAUGUGAGAUUUGAAUUAGGCAGGUUUUUCUAAAAUCAGGAUACAGUAUCUGUGUUAACCCCAGGAUAAAAAAACAUUAAAUGUGAAGCACAUAACUUUGGUUGCCUAAUGUUUUAACUCAUUAACACACUUGUUCUGCAUCAGCUAACAACUUCAGACUUCAUGCCGCUUAACACAACAUGUCUGUCUCUGUAGUUUUUUUUUUUUAAAUCAGUCACAUGUUCAUGUGAGAGAAAGUGGAAGAGAUCAUUCCCGGUGCUCUUUUUUUGUAUUGAGUAUUGUUUUGGUACUAUUACUGUAUUUAAAGAUAACUCUGCUAAACAGAAUAAGACCACCAGUACUCUGUGCUCAUUAACUUUUCCAUUCAUACUUCCAAUCUGCUGUAUAUGGUCAUUUCAGCCUAUAUUUGAUCCGUGUAAACAUUUAAGGAUAGCUUUUAUUGACAAUUAACUAAUUGACUGGUCAUAGCAGGAAAAGCGCAGGUGUUAUUAUAACAUUAACAAUGGCUGUGUUCUACUUGAGUGUCCCAGUAAGCCAUGACAGUGCAAUCAUUAAUUGUAUUAUUUACACCUGUGCUAAGAAUGUUUUUGUUUUUAAUCCAGCUGUACCUGAUCUUACAAAUCAUUCUUCUCAUUGGCAAAAAAUGAUCAAAAUACACGUUUUGCGGAAUCAAAACAAUGUUAGACAUUGUCUCUUUAUUUUAGAUGUGAUUAAAAAGAUAUGUUGAUGCAUGUAAGCAGUUCAAAUAUUAAUUUAUGAAAGUGUUCCUCUUUAAAAUGCCUUUUUUGCUUUGUCACUGUAAUUAAAUGUAAAAUACUGUAGAUUACAUAAUUAUUACUGAAAUGAAGAUGGUUACUGGUUGAACCUAAAACCAGCCAUCUAAAUGUGAAUUCACUCUAUGACAGUAAAGCUAUGUAAAUAAAGAUGUUAAUCAUA